CCUGCUGCCUGUCCGACUUUGUUGCUCUCGUGCCCCUCUGUAGUCCGUCCUGGGGAGCUGAAGAACAACUCGACAAAGUCCCAACUAUGGAAGGCGACAACAUAAUAAUGCCUGUUUGACUCGGGGAGAUUUUCCAAGAUGCCAGGCCUUUUGUCCAGCCCUGUGUGUCUGACAGUCAUCUGGUUUUUAUCUUGGUCGCUGCGUCCCAUUCGUGCUCAGAUCCAACCUGAUGAAGUGUCAGGCGUUCAGUAUGCGCUCUUGGAGUCGAAUGUGACACUGGCAUGCAGGAAGUCACAAAUCAGGACACCUGUGGUUUGGCAUCACAACAACAGCGCCGUGUUGCCGUGGCACAAAGUCACAUCUGACGGAACUUUAGUCCUGCUGCACGUCGACCUAUCAGCGCAAGGCAACUACAGCUGCUAUGACAACGGCGGGCUCCUCCUCCACUCUGUCAAACUCAGGCUGGGCCACCGCCCCGGUUCGCUAAGCAUUUCCUGUCAAGUGCCCAAUCACACGCAUGUUCGCUGCUCCUGGGUGGAAUCAGUGAAGACCUUCCUGCCAGCCCAGUACAACGCCAUCCUCUUGACAGUGAAAGGUCAGGAGCCGAGGACAUGCGUUGUGGACGUCUUUCAGAAGCACUGUGAUAUAGUUCUUCCUGCCUACUGGAGCUACAUCCAAACCCUGAGCGUCCAGGAGACCAACGCCCUCGGGUCCGAGACAACAUAUGCCCGGAUGCAUUUACAUAAGCUAUUGAAACCAAAUCCUCCACAGUCGGUGUUGGUGAACGAGUUAGAAGGCUUUCCAAAGAGGUUGAACAUCUCGUGGGAGCUUCCCUCCUCCUGGCCGCAGAGCCUUGGUUACCCCCUCCUGUUUCAUAUCAGAUACAGGCCAGAGGGCUUCGUACACUGGUCAAAUGUUUUAGCCGAGCAUAGUCCAGUGGUGAUAUUGGACGCCCUGGCCGGUCGCUUCCAUGAAGUCCAGGUCUGUGCACGGGACGAGCCGGACAGUGAGAGCCUGUGGAGUGAAUGGACGGCCGUUUCUCUCUGCAAGCCGUGGGAAGGUGUGUCCUCCCCAGACCCUACAGAGGUGUUCCCGACAGACCCAUUUCCAGAACCCGAAACCUCCACUACAAAAACAGACCCCUCUGUGGACGAAGGUAAUUUGGGUUUGGUGAUUCUGCUGGUGUUGUUCUCCGUGGUCAUCCUCACCACCGUCCUUUCCCUCAUCUUUGUCGUGUGGGUAAGGCAGAGGCGGCGUAACCACGUGACCAAACAGCAACUCUCCUCUAUGGUCAAGAUGAAGUCCAUGCCAAUCUAAUGUUGAUUUCCAGCAUCUUCUCCUUGUCAGCCCGUUGUAGGGCUCCAUCGAAGAAUCAGCGUCUGCCUUUACCGAUGCAGCAAGCUGAUUGUCCAUAUUGAACUACAUUAACCAGAAUGCAUCAGCCAGGAUCCAACCAGGACAUGGAUAAAAAAGGGACUUUGUGGAGUAGGGUAAAGCUACACAGCAAGCUGACUGAAGGGUAAGAUUUCCCUGGACAUAUUCAGUUGACACAUCAAAACUCAACUACCCACAAUGCAUCAGCAGACAGGGAAAACAGACCCUACUCUAUUUGAGGAGCGACACUGCAUCAGGACAUUUGAUUUCACCCACCUCCAUUGCUGCUUCAGGUGACUGACCCCUCCCCAUUUGAGAGGAGCCAUGUUUCUGAACUCUUUAAGCAACACGUAACCACAGGAAGUGCAGCUGCCGAAAAAAGGAGAACAUAGACAUUUCUUUUGGGGAAGGGGGAGAUUUUUUUUCUGGGACAAUUUUCCUUUCUCCCAUCAACCAGAACUCCUCACAUUCAUUCAUUUUUUUCGUUAUGACAUCGACCGACUCAAUGCUGUGAAGGAAGAGUAACGCCAGUGUGUGCAUCUGAUGCCAAAGCAGCAGAUCAGGGCAUUAAUGGUCUCA